CAAGAAUACACCCCUUGGCCCUUGAGACCCUCCCGUGCCCUAGGACCAGCCAACCAGGGUGGCUUACGGCAUGGUUUAUCAUGACCCAGGUCUAUUUUAUGUUCUCUAUCAACAGCCCCUUAACGUCCCCGUGGGGAUAUGGCCCACCAGAGUGCGGAAUUGAAGGGCUGUGGAACGGGAAUGGCAUUUUAGGAUGCCCGGAGGUCCUCUAUAAUACUGCUUCGCCUGUGGUGCAAGGUCCAAACUGUGCACUACCCAGGCUUCCUCUUUCUAACCACCAUUCCCGCACCCUUUAUCUGUGUUCCAUCAAUUGAGACUCGAAAAUGUUCUCCCCAGAGACCCUCAGGGGCAAAGAUUCCCAGAGCUCGAUCCAUAUGGAAGAUGUCGCUCCGACGCCACUACAAGAGCCGAUCGAGCAUGACUCCUACACGAGGGAAGACCCUGCCAACCCGCGAAACUGGCCUGGCUGGAAGAAGAAUGCCCAGAUCCUGAUGGUGGCAUUCCACUCGAUGUCUGCGACUUUCGUCGCUGCGGGUAUCAUACCCGCGUAUGAGUCUCUGGCAGAAGAAUAUGGCAUUACUGUGCCCCAGGCCAGCUAUCUCACCUCGGCGCAGAUCCUUCUCUUCGGAAUCGCCCCGUUCGUAUGGAAACCAAUUACCGCAAUCUACGGCCGAUACCAUGUCUUUUUGCUCUCAGUCUUUGGGGCGAUGCUGUGCAACAUUGGCUCUGCCCGGUCCACCACAUUCGGCGCCCAAAUGACUGCCAGGGUCCUCGGCGCGAUUCUCAUCUCGCCACCAUUCGGUAUCGGCAGCGGCGUCAUUAACGAUCUGUGCGAGCCGGAGCACCGGGCCCAGAAGCUGGGCUGGUGGACAUUGAUGCUGACGCUCGGAACGCCCUGCGGGCCCUUCAUCAUGGGCUUUGUGACGGAGCAUAUCGGCGUCGAGUGGAUCUUCUGGAUCUUCACUAUCAUAAACUUCGUCCAGCUGGCCCUCUAUGUCGCCAUCGGCGAGGAAACUCUGUAUAUCCCUCCGGGACAGCAGCGGAAGGCAAAUGAGACGGUCAAACGCGGAUUCUUCACCAAGUUCAUCCCUAAACGCAUCGACCAGCGCCCCCUGCGACCCCGCGAGUUCAUCGAACCGCUCUUCCUCUCGCGCCACCCCCGCAUCCUGAUCCCCGCCGUAGCGCACGCCGUCGUCUUCUGCUACGCGAACAUCGCCCUAAUCGUCGAAAUGCCCAUCGUCUUUGGCGAAAAGUUCCACUUCACCGCGCAGCAAAUUGGCCUGCAGUUCAUCGCCAUCAUCAUCGGGUGCGUACUGGGCGAGCAGGUCAGCGGGCCCGUCUCCGACUGGUUCCUGGUUGCUUUGAAGCGGAGAAGGGGGAGGAACCUGAAAGAAGGAGAGGGAGAGAACGUCCGCGACGCAGACCGGCUGUGGCUCUCGUACAUUGGCUACGCAACGGUUGUUGCGGGCUUGCUCGUUUGGGGAGUCCAGCUGGAAAAGGCGGACAGGACGUGGAAUGUCACGCCCUGCGUUGGCGCGGCGAUUGCGAGCUUUGGGAAUCAGGUUGUUACGACCAUCCUCAUCGCGUUUGCGGUCGAUAGCUACAAGGAGCGGGCGACGGAUGUCGGUGUGUGCAUUAACCUGUAUCGCCAGGUUUAUGGAUUUAUCGGCCCGUUCUACUUUCCCGACAUGUUUGAGACGCUCAAGCUUUCCGGUGCAGCAGGUGUCAUGUGCGGAAUUGUCGCUCUCGCUGCUUUGCUCCCCACUGUCGCGAUACAGUUUGCGGCUUCGCGGUCCAAGUAG